GCAAAGAAGGGAAGGGGAAAAAACAUAUAAAAACAGAUAAUAAAAGGAGGAUGAAGAGAAUCCGGUGCAUCCAAAUGAUAAGAGGAAAGGGAAGGGGAAGAGAAGAAGAAAUUAAAAGUGAAAAAAUAAAGAAAAAAUAAAGAAAUAAAUAAAGAAAACAAACCUUCCUGUCCUAAUGUAUCUUAGAUUAAAACACUGUAUGUAUGAGGCCAUAAUGCAACUUGGAGGAGUGGUUUAGGACUCAAACCUUUAUAUGGCUGCCAUGGCAGCCAUGGUGACUGUUUCCAGAGCAAGUAUGAUGGAUGUCGGUCAGCAAGUCUGCUUGAAUGAAUGGACUGCCUAUGAACAUUGGACUGAAUCAUGAUUAGUGGACAUAAAUUUAGUUCUUUUGCAUGCAUCUCUCUUAGUUUACCUUAGCUGGUUCAUCAUGUUUGGUAGUUUGGAUUAAUGGUUAGAGGUUUUCAGAUUAUAGAAAAAAUGAUGACCAAGUGAUAAAUGCAAUUCCUAUAGGGAGGACCUGGUUAAUUAUUUCUAUGCGAUGUAUGAGGGUGCUAAAGAGAUGGCAAGAGAGAAAUCAAGACAGGCAGGCAGAGAAAUGAGAAUAUAGAAAUGAAGGCCGAUCCCAUUUCUUCUUGCCCAGUGGAGCAGGGCUGAUAUCUGUCAAAAAAGUUUAUGCUAAUUAAGAUGACAUAUCAACACUGGAGACUUCAAUCUAUUCUCUGGGAGACAAAACUCGAGCUUCUUUAAUGAACUGUUUGAUGGUUUUCUUUGCUCUUGGUUGUGCAGUUGCGAGGGAAAUGCUGAUUAGAUUGCAUUGCUGCUAUAUAUUCCUUUGUCACUUCUGUACUGCUGAUGGCAAAGGAUAGACAAUGUAGACGGUGAAGCUGUAUGAUGUAUUUUCUUUAGCUGCAUUAUGUCUUCUUUGAUGGGGUUGGAUGUGCUUGGAGGUCAGGAUGGGAGAUUUACACCAUGUUUUUGAAAAGAAAGUGUCUCGAUUACCAUUUUUGUUCCUAGAUGCAAUACUCUUUAAAUUGGUUCCAAAUGAGAGGAUUUGUUUACCUGGCUUUGUUGACAAGUAUUCUUUUAUCCCUGUUUCUGUAGUCACUUUCCUCUGCUACUGGUGAAGUUGAGAAAGAGGCAGUGUGUAGUAGAUGCAUGCAAUCUGAUUCUGAGAAUCCACAAAAAGGCUACAUCAUCAUGAAUGGCCAUUUGAAUUUCUGGUAGUUGUUUCGUACUGUCAUUUAUCUGUGAUCCCAUGCUUCAUCUCCUUGCAGCUGCUUUCCUUGGCAUGUCAUCUUUUGCACGCAAUACUUGAAUUAUAUGCUUCUUAUGCUCUUCUGCAAUCUGAACUCAACUUCUUGGCUCUCCAUAGAUUUGGGAUAACUAGAUGUUUCUGUCCUUCUGACUAUAGGCAAUCCAUGUCAAAAGAACUCCAAAAUCUGAAGCAUAUUCUAAAUCUGAGGGAACUUGAUUAUCGCAUAUGUGUGCGGUGUUCUUGACGUUUGAAACUAGAAAAAUCUCCCUCCUUUUCUUGUUAGAUAUUCAUUGCAAAUUAUUCACAUAAAAAAGGGACAAUAAAAGAUGUGGCCUCUUCAAGGGUGGUGGAAAACUGAGACUGUCUGAUCGACAUUAAGAUGAUCUUCUUUUGCAAUGUCCUACAUACUAUUGGCUUGCUAUAUUGAUGAUCCUAGGAAUAUGGUGCUAGUAUGAUCAUCUUGCUUUACAUGAUCAGUGACAAAGACACUUGAUAUUUCAUUAGUGAUUGAAAGCAGACCUUGGAGUCCCCAGUUUUGCUUUGCUUCACUGCAACCUGAGCCUUAACGUUGUGCCUAGAUCAGGAAUCUGAGUUGUUCUCCAGAUAACAAAACAUCUCCCUUCACUCCAAAGACUUUUGUUGCCUCCUCCCUCCUAAUGUCUUGAGAGGUCUCAAAAGAGAGAGAAAGAGUAAACUAAAACCUUUUAAGGCCUCCUAUUGCAGUGUAAACAAGGAUCUGGGCAGAAAAAGGCUUCUCAAAAAGUCCGAAGACAAAGCUGAAGCAACCUACCACCUUACGCAAAUGACCUUCUCUGACCAUCUUUUUCUUUAAAAAAAAAAACAGCUUAUUGGAUAACCAAAUUCAAAGAAUACCGUUUCCUUUUUUUUAACUUGCAAUCUCAGUUUGAAAUAGAAUCCAGUUGGUUGGUUGGCCGGUCCCAUGCUUCUUUUUUUUUUCUUCCCUCCUAAAUCUCACCAGAAACGAAGAUAGAGACCUGACAUCUCGAGCUUUAUAUAUGGAGAGGUGGCUGUCUGCUUUGGUCACAGAGAACUUGUCUCUAUCUUCGUGCUAUUGUUUCUCCUCCUCCCAGCCAUUUAACACUUCUUUACCAUCCCAUUGUUCUUUGUCCCUUCUUUCCUUAUUUUGUCUUGUCCUUAUACGAUACUAAGACAAGACUCUAUGGCUGACAAACAGAGCAGCAGUGCCGGUGCGUAUGAGGAAGCAAACACAAGGUGCAUAGGUGAUGGAGAUGAGAACAUCAUACUGAACCCUCACUUUGACGAUGACCUGAACAAUUGGUCUGGAAGGGGAUGCAAGAUUGCUCUGCAUGACUCAAUGGGAGAUGGAAAAAUACGUCCACUGAGUGGCAAAUUCUUUGCUUCUGCAACUGAACGCACUCAAAACUGGAAUGGAAUUCAGCAGGAGAUCACUGGCAGGGUGCAAAGAAAGCUUGCAUACGAGGUCACUGCACUUGUGAGGAUUUUCGGGAAUGCUACUACUGCCGAUGUGCGUGCAACUCUGUGGGUUCAAGCAGCAAAUGGCCGCGAACAAUACAUAGGCAUCGCUAAAUCGCAAGCCACCGAUAAGGAUUGGAUGCAGUUGCAAGGGAAGUUUCUUCUAAAUGGGGUGGCUUCAAAAGCUGUCAUAUUUAUAGAAGGGCCACCUGCUGGUACGGAUAUUCUUCUCGACAGUUUAGUAGUUAAACAUGCAGAAAAGCUCCCACCAUCAACUCCACCUGAUUUUGAGAAUGUUAUCUAUGGAGUCAACAUAAUCAACAACAGCAAUCUCAGUGAUGGCCUAAAUGGGUGGUUUCCUCUUGGUCCAUGCACUCUAACCAUUGCUAAUGGCUCGCCUCAUAUGAUUCCUCCAAUGGCAAAGGACUCCCUUGGACCACAUGAACCUUUAAGCGGUCGCUAUAUUCUUGUAACAAAUCGCACACAGACCUGGAUGGGCCCUGCUCAAACAAUCACUGACAAGCUGGAGUUGUAUCUGACAUACCAAGUAUCAGCAUGGGUCCGAGUUGGUUCUCAAAGAAACGGUCCUCAGAAUAUCAAUGUUUCUCUAGGUGUAGAUAGCCAAUGGGUCAAUGGGGGCCAAGUUGAAGCUUAUGAUGAUAGAUGGUAUGAAAUUGGGGGAUCAUUUAGGAUUGAAAAGAAACCUUCCAGAGUCAUAGUUUACAUUCAAGGUCCUUCGUCAGGAGUCGAUCUGAUGGUUGCAGGGCUUCAGAUAUUUCCUGUUGACAGGAAAGCAAGAUUUAAGCACUUGAAGAAACAGACAGACAAGGUACGAAAGCGAGAUGUUGUCUUAAAAGUUUCAGGAUCGGAAACUGAUAUUCCAUGGGGAGCCUUUGUGAAAGUCAAACAAAUGCAGAACAGUUUCCCCUUCGGAUCAUGUAUCAAUCGAACGAACAUAGAUAACGAGGACUUCGUCGAUUUCUUUGUAAAGAAUUUCAACUGGGCAGUGUUCGGCAAUGAGCUCAAGUGGUACUGGACAGAGCCACAGCAAGGAAAUUUUAACUACACUGAUGCUGAUGAGCUCUUGGACUUGUGUGAGAAGAAUGGGAUAGAGGCUAGAGGCCACUGUAUCUUCUGGGAAGUCGAUGGCGCUGUCCAGUCCUGGGUUAAGUCUUUAAACAAUAAUGAUCUAAUGACAGCCAUUCAGAACCGGCUGAACGGUCUACUCACGAGGUACAAGGGCAAGUUCAGACACUAUGAUGUGAACAAUGAGAUGCUUCAUGGUUCUUUCUAUCAAGAUAGGCUUGGAAAGGAAAAGAAUAUCAGAGUUUACAUGUUUAAGACUGCCCAUCAGCUGGAUCCCUCUGCCACCCUCUUUGUGAAUGAUUACCAUGUGGAGGAUGGAACUGAUACUAGAGCUUCUCCUGAGAUGUAUAUAGAGCAAAUCCUUGGUCUCCAAGACCAAGGUGCACCAGUUGGAGGAAUUGGAAUACAGGGGCACAUAGAUAACCCAGUUGGGCCAAUUGUAUGCUCUGCAUUGGAUAAGAUGGGGACACUUGGUCUUCCAAUCUGGUUUACUGAACUGGAUGUCUCAUCAGACAAUGAGUAUGUUCGAGCCGACGACUUGGAGGUUAUGCUUCGGGAGGCCUACGCACACCCUGCAGUAGAAGGCAUCAUGCUGUGGGGAUUCUGGGAGCUGUUUAUGUUCCGGGACAAUUCGUGCUUGGUUAAUGCUGAAGGUGACGUUAAUGAAGCUGGUAUGAGGUACCUGGCUUUGAAGGAAGAGUGGCUAUCUCAUGCGCAUGGUCACAUCGACGAUCAAGGAGAGUUCAAAUUCAGAGGCUUUCAUGGCACCUACACUGUCGAGAUCUUCACCUUAACAAAGAAGUUAUCUCAGAAGUUCACUGUGGACGAAGGGGAUUCUCCUCUGGUAGUGAACAUUGACUUAUGAAAGGUUACAUGAUUACUAAGAAGUUCGACAGAAUAAGGAGCUGCAUUCUUGAUAUUGUUGUGAGCUCUUGUACAUGAGAUUAAAUAAGUUCUGUGGCCUAGCUUGUGAUUAUGAAAUUGCAAUACAAAGAAAAUAAAUGAGAAAAAAAAAAGUAGACUCUGAAGGAA